GGCAGGUGAUAUUUAAGCCACUGGCAAACUCUCUCCCCAUCCAUCUCUGCCUUGGCUCAGUCCCCUGCACCACUUCAAAGACAACGGAGGCCUUCCAUCAGCACUCAGUCUCUCCAAAACUCCAGCACAAGAAGCUCCAAGAUGCCGGAGACAAUCAUGUCAAAGGAGCCCAGUUCCAACCUGGAGAGUGCCAUGCAGAUGCUCAUAAAGACCUUUCACAAGUACUCUGGGAAGGAGGGCGACAAGUACACUUUGAGCAGAGGUGAACUGAAGGAGCUGCUACUAGAGGAGCUGGGGACCUAUUUAGGGGGCUCCAAAGACAAUGAAGCGGUUGAGAAGGUGAUGAACGACUUGGACGCCAACAAUGAUGGGGAGGUGGACUUCACCGAGUUCAUCAUCCUGAUGGGCGCUCUCACUGUCGCCUGCAAUGAUUUCUUCCUGGAUUGCAAAACAGAUGAGAAACCGAAAGAUGGCGGGUCGGCAUAGAAGAAAAAAUGAAUCAGUGCAAGAGAGAAGGGGGAGAAAGGUGGGAGGGAUAGGUGGAAAGAGGGAGAAGAGGAAGGGAUAAUGAAGGUGGAGGAGGGGAAGGAACUGUACGAGAAAGAGGACAGAGUUGCAGUGGACUUUUGUCUUAUGCACUUUGUAAACACUACGAUUACACAUGAGAGGAGCAGUCACAGGACACAGGGCAUUCAACAGGAGUGGUGUUUUCUCUUCUGCAACUGGUUUUCACACCCAGCAUAUUCGGAGCUGGUUGCACUCAGGGUAGUGAGUGACUUUACACACAGAACAGGGUAUAUUCUUUCAACUCAAAUAUAGCAGUUUUGACAGCUUCUUGUAUGUUCUGAAUAAGGCACUGGAAAGUAAAGAAGUUGUGGUGGACGGUGGAGCACUUCUUGCACGUAAAUUAUUUGAGAACACAUAGUAAGCUACAGAUUAUCAUAUUAUUGCAUGUAUUCAGCGUUGAACAAUAGAAUAUGAUUUAUCCCUUUUCUUGCACUUAUUUUGUAAUCCUUUUUAGUAAUAACCAAUGCAUUAUUCAAAAUAUUAAACAUGGCAUUUAACCAA